CCUCUCCUCUUUUAUUUUCGCUUUGUUGAUUUCUGUUUUCUCCACCGACCUCUGGCAUGAGUUAGCCACCAGAUAUGGACACCAAACAUUUCCUGCCGCUGGAUUUUUCCACCCAGGUCAAUUCCACAUCCCUGAAUUCCCCCACUGGCAGAGGGUCCAUGGCGGCACCCUCCCUGCACCCGUCCAUUGGCCCGGGCCUUGGUUCAUCGCUUGGCUCAUCUAGCCAGCUGCACUCACCCAUCAGCACUCUCAGCUCCCCCAUCAAUGGCAUGGGCCCCCCGUUCUCUGUCAUCAGCUCCCCCAUGGGGCCUCACUCAAUGUCUGUCCCCACAACUCCCACCCUUGGAUUUGGGACAGGCAGCCCCCAGCUCAACUCGCCAAUGAACCCCGUCAGCAGCACAGAAGACAUUAAGCCACCCCUUGGGCUCAAUGGAGUUCUUAAAGUGCCCGCCCAUCCCUCAGGAACUAUGGCCUCCUUCACCAAGCACAUAUGUGCCAUCUGUGGGGACCGCUCCUCAGGUAAACAUUAUGGUGUGUACAGUUGUGAAGGCUGUAAAGGCUUCUUCAAGAGGACAGUGCGCAAGGACCUCACCUAUACCUGCCGAGACAAUAAAGACUGCCUGAUUGACAAACGCCAGCGGAACCGGUGCCAAUACUGCCGCUACCAGAAGUGUCUUGCCAUGGGCAUGAAGCGAGAAGCUGUUCAAGAGGAGAGGCAGAGGGGCAAAGACCGGAAUGAGAAUGAGGUGGAGUCAACCAGCAGCGCUAACGAGGACAUGCCAGUGGAGAAGAUCUUGGAAGCCGAACUUGCUGUGGAGCCAAAGACAGAGACAUACAUUGAGGCAAACAUGGGACUGAAUCCCAAUUCACCCAACGACCCUGUUACGAACAUAUGCCAAGCAGCAGACAAACAGCUCUUCACCUUGGUGGAAUGGGCCAAGAGAAUCCCCCACUUCUCAGAGCUACCCCUGGAUGACCAGGUCAUUCUAUUGCGAGCGGGCUGGAAUGAGCUGCUCAUCGCCUCGUUCUCUCACCGCUCGAUAACAGUGAAAGAUGGGAUCCUUCUUGCCACCGGCCUUCACGUCCAUAGGAACAGCGCUCACAGUGCAGGGGUGGGCGCCAUCUUUGACAGAGUCCUGACAGAACUUGUGUCAAAAAUGCGAGACAUGCAGAUGGACAAGACAGAGUUGGGCUGCCUGAGAGCCAUUGUCCUCUUCAACCCGGACUCUAAGGGACUUUCUAACCCUGCAGAAGUAGAAGCCCUACGAGAGAAAGUUUACGCUUCCCUCGAAGCCUACUGCAAACACAAGUAUCCGGACCAGCCUGGAAGGUUCGCCAAACUCUUGCUUCGUCUCCCUGCUCUCCGUUCCAUUGGCCUGAAAUGCUUGGAGCACCUCUUCUUCUUCAAGCUAAUAGGAGAUACACCCAUUGACACCUUCCUGAUGGAGAUGUUGGAGGCCCCCCACCAAAUGACAUAGACCAAACCUGACCGCAUUGGGUCAGUCCUUUUCUGUCCAGUGGGAGGCAGCCCCCACCUCAAGCCCCCUCUUCCGACCUCUCUGCCGAUGCCAGAAACAUCUUUUGUUCUGUUCUUCUCAGCUUGGAUGACAUCCCAUAUCCUCGCCUUGGUCCCCAUCUCCGUGCCGCCUUUUGCCCUUUGGGACUGGUUUGCUCACUGCUACACCUAAGAAAUUUAUUGUUAUUAUUACUCCUUUUUAAUUACUUUUCUUGGGGUGAAAGGCAGUGGAAUCAGGACAGCAAAAGGGAGAGAAACGGUUUAAAAUCCAACCAAACCCCAACCCUUUCCAUCCUCCUCCUGCUUGGUUCAGUCAUGCCCCUUGUCACCUGCCACCCUUUUCUCCGUUGGGUUUUGCUCUUGUGGGGACAUGGGAGAAUUCUCUGGAAAUGGAGUUGGAGGACGAAGGAGAGAAGGAGCUAAAUUCAUGGGGCUUCUCUGGUCAUGGUGGCUUUUGGGAGUAUUUAAAGGGAAGGCAGGGGGAUUGUCUUAUUCUUGCUGUUUGUUUUUUUUUUUCAAAUCACCUGUUCCUUGGUUUUUUUUUGUACUUUUAUUUUUAAUUAUCCAUUAUUGCCUUCUUCAAAAAGAAGACAUCUUCUCUCAGUAUUGGUGACCUUGACAGUGUCGGUACCCCACUAACUCAUGACUUGCACAGAGCAUUGUCAUCCUUGGAAAAGAGGAGGGAGGGAAAAAAGGAGUUGGGGGCCUAGGCUUUCAUAGUAAAUGGUCCCUGCUGGCAGCCCCCUCCACCCAUCCCUGGGAAGGCCAGAAGAGGUGAUGUUGGCAACUGCCACUUGACCCCACAAUUACCCUUCAUUCAGUGACAGGGUGCGUGUACCAUUUUUUCCAAAGAUAACAAGCUAUUAUCUCAGUACCAGAGCCAAUCAAAACAUGAGCCAACUUCAAUGUACAGAUUUUGUUUUUUUGGUUUGGGGGCGGGGAGAGUGUUUCUUUAAGGCUACAGUGACUCAGAUACCCUUUUUCCCUCACCCCCUUCUUUCCUCCUCUCCACCUCCCAAUUUCUCCUACUCAUCCUAGGUUCCAAGCCCUUGACACCCACACAUGUACUCACAUUUGACCAAGGUCAGUCUUACCCCCGAGUGUUGGCCUUUUUUCUUGUUUCCUAAAUUUCUUUUUUUUCAACCAUCGAGGGCUCUUGAAGUUGGCUGAGACUAGCCGCUAGAGUGUCUUGAGGACUUGGACUUCCUAGGUUUGGCUGCCUUAGGGUCAUCAUUUGGCUCUUCAAGUAGCUUCUUGGAAGAAAGCUGGACAUUCCAGAUGUAUCGGGGGCAGCUGUGAGCUCUGCAGCCCACACAGAAAUACACAUAGACACAUUCUGGUGGAUUGCUUUAUGCACCAUUAACGUAGGUCAGCUGAAAAGAUUUUCUACUUGGGCAACUGGGUGGCUGUAAUUGAGGGGUGUCAACAAACCAUCUGUUCCUUGAGUCAUUUCCAUCUCUAAGACUUCCUUAUUCAAUUUUCUGUUAUUCAGAGGGCAUUGAGAUCUGAGGCAAAAAAAGGACUUAAAUCACAAGUACAUUGCUGAGCCUGCCCCACAAUCAGGGUAGUAAAUUACCACCUGAGAAAGGAGAGAAGUCCCCUGGGCCACUGCUUGCCCAUCCUGAAAAGUGAAUGUCUUUGGUGAUACCUAAAAGUUUUGUUAUCUUAGGGAAUAUUGCUGGUUGCUCUGGAGGCAGCCUGAAAAACACCAGAUUUCUCUAUGAUAAUAUUCUAUUAGAUUUCUCAGAUAACAUCAUCUCACACUUAUUGGGCUUUUUAUUAAUUCUCUUUGAAGACUCUAUGAAUCUUCUAGCUAGUUCUAACUAGUGUUAUCUAGUUCCAUUUAAUGUGGGCAUCCCUUCUACAGAAUCCCUGAUGAGGCAGUCAUCCAAGCUCAUCUUGAAUAACGAGGGCUCAUUGCUUCCUGGGGUAACCCAUUACAUUGUCAGACAGCUGAUUGUGAAGAGGUUCUGUCUUGGACCUACAAAUUUUCCUUCUUAUGAUUAUUGCCUAAUGAUGCUAUCUAUUCAAUGCUUCUCAGACUCCAAAAACCCCGUGCUUUUACUAUCAACAGGUGACUUGAUGUUGAUGUUUCAGCUUAGACGGUAGAAGUAUCUUCCUGUCUUUCUAGACAGAUGCAUCUAGCUUGAAUUUGGCCUAUUUCUGCUGACUUCAGCACUUUAUUUUUCCAUGCUCACCCUUCCCAUGUUUCCCACUGGGGCUGGAGUAUUUCCUGUCAACAGGUGCUUCCUCAGAAAGAAAUGAUGAGAGAAGAGCUAGAGAAAAGCCAGCCUGGGGACUCUGGUUGAGGUAGGAGAAGGAAAUGACCGUUCUUUCAGAAUAUUCAUUCAGAGCCAAGGAUGAGGUCCCUGUAUUUAUUUUUUUUUCCCAACAGAAGAGAGUUUCUUCAAGGUUUUAAUUGAUUUCAGGUUUGAGAUAAUAGGUUAUUAUUUUUUUAAUAUUUCCUACCAUUUCCUCUAGUCCCUGUUUUCAGCUAGUAGUUGGACUUGAACAGCAGCUUUGUCCUGUCCGAAGUGAGAUGGCAUCGGUUGUACCUGGCUUAGGGAGAGAAACACCUCACAUCACUGCUUUCUCCUCCUCAGGUGUACCAUCCUGAAUGUUAGAUAAGGUUACAGUUUGGUUAGUCCAGCCUGGCGGGAAAGGAUGCCAUAUUUGUCCUUCACCCAGAAUCUUCCCCCAAACGGCCAGCUCUGAAUGAGUGACUGAAAGUUGGUCGUGAUUGUGUCAGGAGCUCUGUACUUGGAACCGGAGCACCAGCACAGUGGCCCAGGCUCUGCCAUUUUUGUGAUGACGUGAUCAUGGGACAAGUUCUUUCCCCUUUUGGAGCCUUGAAUUCCUCAUAUAUAAAAUGAGGGAGUUGGGCUAGAUGAAUUCCAGGACUUCAAUAUCUAAACUAUAUGAGGUUUGGGACCUCUUUCUAUUCUGGUAGGUAGAGAGAAUUUCUGGUAUACUUGUGCCCAUAGGAGUGUGGAUAAUUGGGUCCACAACCAGCAUAUCUUACCAUCUUGAACCAAAACCUGUCAGGCAAAGGUCAAGAGCUAGUCAUCAGCCUUAUGAAAGAUAACCUCAAGUGUUUCUGGGUAAUCCUUCUUUCCUUCCCAUUCACUCUUUGUACCUUUCUCUGGGGUCCCUCCUGGAAAAAUCCAGUAGGAGAAGAUGCUGCUGCUCUUGUUAGGAAGAAGGAAAAAGCUGCAGUUUCUGGACCUCAUCUCCAGCUUUCCUAGGGCCUUUGUCAUGUGUCCUAAGUCACACAAACCCUGCCUUGCUGGUCCUAGCUAUGAAAAAUCGGGGAUAAAUAUAGACUCAGACUCAUUUGGGAAGAGCCAUAGAUAUAACAUCUCAGAGAACUUGCCCUCACAGUGGUAGGGGAUGUUGGGUGCCUGGAGUGGGCACCGAAGCAUAUCACAGAAUCCUGUUUUCUCCUGCAUGUUACAAAGUGAGAAAUCCCCCCUCUCCUCCCCAGGAAGUCUGAUUAUGCCACUGUAGCCUUAAAUACACCACCCCACUUGCAUGAAUCCAUAAUAGGGUUUUAUUUGACUCAUUAAUUUGUAUUUCCUUAAACUCUGGCUUUUUUUCCUCUUAUCAUUAUUAUUGUUAUUAUUAUAAAUAUACUGCUUGUUUGGAGAGGUGAUAUUUGGGUAAAAUGGCACAUUAUUCAAUAGAGAGUUAGGACUUUUAUUUAACCAGACAUUUAGUAUCUUCACAAAAAUCUGGUUCAAUUAAGGUGAUUUUUUUGGAAUUAUUAUUAUUAUUUUUUGGUGGGACAAUCUUUAAUUUUCUAAAGAUAGCACUAACAUCAGCUUGUUAGCCACCCUUUGCCCCCAUAUCCCUGUUCUGUCCCUUUUCUUCUGGUUUGGGGGAAGAAACGAAAAAGUAGGGCUAAAAUGGAGGUUUGAGCAGUUAACAGCUGGUAAUUACUCCCAGCAGCCUUGGCUGUCCAGUCCUGUAGUUGCCUCCCUUUUCUCCUGCUCUGGCUCCUAAUGGGGUCCCAUCCUCAGCAAAGCCAGGAGAAGAGCCAAGGCCUGGAGCAACACAUGGACUGUUUGUGAUCCUGAUACAGACUGGCCUUGCCCCCGGAGUGGGCCUUAAUAGUUUGUGCACUUUGACCUCUGGGCAGUGUCUCUAUAUUCUUAUCAUGCUGAUAGAGCACUAAGGAAAUGUCACUUGCUAAAACCACUGGGGGUUCCUUGGGACCUCACUGGGGCAGAAAAGCCAGAAUUCCUUAUUCGCCUAUGCCAUGCUGGUUAAUAACUUCCCCACUAAGUCAGACUUUUCCUUGGAAUCUGGCUUGCCUAGUGGAUGCCGUAGAGUAUUCACUCCAUGGGCCAUGGCGCUCUUACGACCCCAUUAGCCCAGUUGAGUGGGCCUAUAUAGGCCUGCCCAGAGGUGGAGAAGACUUCCUCUGAACAGUGGGCUCACACACACUGUUAUCCAAAGCAGGGCAUUUCAAAAGAGCCCCUGCAGUUGACCUAAGGCCUAUUCUCCCAUGGUCUUGGAGGAGGCCUGCCCUGGUGUUUUCCACCACAAUCGUGGGUCCACAGGUGAUAAGGAAGCUCUUGGUGAAAUCAUCUUCUCAGUGGCCUCCAAAAAUGCCCGGGCAGAACUUGCAAAGCAGUGGAUAAUCAGCUGAUGUUGUCCCCAUCACUGAAUGAAUAAGGUGCAUGAUCUAUUUUAAGUUGAUACAUAUGUGUGUGUGCGUGUAUACAUGUAUGUACUGUAGAUAUAUACACUGUAUAUAUAUCCCCACUCACAUAUACAUAUAUUAUGCCUGUAGCAAUUACAAAUGUUUUGUGUUUAUUUUUAAUCAGUUUCUUUUUUUCUGUUUUCCUGUAAAUUUGCUUCAUGUAAGCAAGUACAUAAGGACCCCUCCUUUGGUGAAAUCCGGGUUCGAAUGACUAUCUCAAGAUGAGGAGAUGCAUCUAUUUUAAGAUGCUGUCGGGUAACAGCUUUAGCAGUCCCCGCUCUUUGGCAAUGCCUUAGCUAUGACAGAUACAUAGCUAAAUGUCUAGAAAGAAAGACGAGUAAACAAAGAGAUAAGAAAAAUGUCUAAAGCAUCACUAGGUUAAAAAAUCUAUUUUUGUACAAAUGUAAUUUUAUCCCUCGUGUAUACUUGGAUAAUGUGUUUGGGGAGGGGGGAGGGAGUUUUGUUUCGCUUCUAGAGAUUAUUGUAUACACUUUCUCGGUAAAACGUUCUGACUUGGAGAUGGAGAAUGGAAAAGAGGGAGGGAAAUCUUCCAAAAGUGUUUAAAGGCUUUAUAUACAAUCUCUUCAGAAAUAUUUUUAUUUUAUUUUAUUAUUGUUAUUUUUGUUUCUGGAAUGAAACUUCAAGGUUUUUCUCCCCCCUCCCCCUGAGUUUUUUUGUAAGUCCUGUCCUGUUUUCAUUGAAUAGCCUGGCAGUCCUGCAGCUCCGUUUUACUGUGAAAUCCCGUCCAUCUGUCAUUGGUCAUUCAAAAAUCACUGCUGCAAAUGCUAGAAUUUUGAUGAACAGUGGGAUAGAAUUUGUUGAACAGAGGGGUUAUAAUUGUCCAAAAUAAUAAUAAUAAUAGGGGGGAGAAAAAGCAGAAACAAAGAAAACUACCAUACAGUUCAAAUUCUCUUUUGUUCUGUAUGGACAUACUUUAGUUGGAGGUUGAAACAGUACUUUGAUGAAUCCUAUUUGCAGAGCUUUCUGAAUCUCUCCACUGAUUCCAAGCAAGGCCUCCUGCCAACCAAGUUCCAUCUCGUGGCUUGCUUGAGUCCAAAUGUUGUGAUUAUGGGCUCUAAUGGUCGAUGGCUUCCUCCCGUUGCUCCAACCCACAGGGACUGUGGGGAAGUUGAGAGAGAGAGAGAGAGAGAGAGAGAGAGAGAGAGAGAGUGUGUUAGUGUGUUAGUGUGUUGGAGUCAGUGGGUACAUCCAGUACCCACUUGAACUGGAGUCUCAUGCUGUCAUCAAACAUUUCCCAGGAGAAUACAAAAAGCAUUGACAUCAAUUUUGCUUACCAAAUGGGCAGUGGUGGGGGGCAGUGGGCCAUGAAACUGACAUACACGGACUUCUGGUUUCCCCAUGGACCCAUGCAGCAUUUAGCAGCGUUUUUUCCCAUUUGCUUGUUUGAUUUUUGCCUUCUGGAUCACUGAGGACCUUGUGAUAUUCAUAUCCAAAGCAUUUGGGGGUGAACUUUUCAUUAAGCUGGAACCUAUCUCUAUUUCCUCUUAUUCUUUCUCCUUUUAUUUCCAUAUUUUUUUCUUCUCCCUGUGAACUGGUUCAGCUCCAGAAAGCUCUUCAGAAGGAUGAUAAACUAAGUGAGUCUAGGGCCAGAUGUUAGUGGAUGUUCAAAGAAAAUGGGAAGCAAGCAUCCUGUAACAUCUCUAUCUCAACCAGCUUGACAUGGGGCUGGAAGACACUCGUGGAUUGGUGUCUUGCUACAUCCACGGUGCUCGGCAGCUCACAAGCUGGUGAGUCACUUUAGACCAGGCUAAAUAUGUAGUAGCAUUUGGUUUCCUCUGUAGAACCUCAAAAUAAAUGAUGUAAUAUAACUGCCCGGUUAAUAACAGGUUAAUAAUAGCCACCAUCUGGCUCCAUCUCAUGUGAUAAAUGCUUUUUGUCUCCAAGCUGUCUGAGAGCCAGGGGCUGCCCCAGGAUCCCCUGGGGGAUGCCUGAUCCCAAGUGGCAGGUACUACAAGUUCUAAGAGAAUAGGAAAGAACACAGACUCUCCGGUCCCUAACUGCCCAGACCCCCCCACCCCCACCCCACCCUAGCUCUAGCCUGAGUGGGAUAACGCCUCAGAUCAUUCCCUCUGUGAAAUGGGGAAGAGUAGCUGAAAGGAGUGGCCUUGAAUGUAACUAACCUGGGCCUGGUUCGUAGAGCAGACUGUUAAGCUUAUUGGUUAUGAGAAGAGAAAGGCAUUCUUCUGUUCUCAUGGCUAGAGAGCUUGGGGUGUGGGGAGUGGAGAAGAGAGAUACGAAUCUCAGACCAGUGGCUUCCUUUUGGCUACAGCAGUAUUGAAGACCUAGGACAAAUAACCAGAGAAGAAGGGUAUGCUGCUAGUCAGUCUUUCAGGAAACUUGAACCUAGUGUUGUCCGCCCUGCUUAAGAGGGUGGUGAAAGGGGUAAGGGAAAUUUGCAGAGGGUUAGUUGACAACCAAAGACAAGCCGUGGAGCAGUUUUGCGGGGUUGAACCCUUGCCCUCUGUCCUAAGGCCAGAAAUGAGCCGGAAAAGAGAACGCCAUCUUUGGGUCACCUCUCCCCACCAAUCAGGAAGGGGCUUACAGCAGGGAUAGGAGAGGGAUUGGGAAUGAACUCUCCCCUCCAUGUCUCAGAGAUGAGGGUAGCUGAGGUCUGACACUUUGGUCUCCACUUGACUCCCAGCAAAUAAAUAAAUCUGCUUCUAUACUUAACAAAACAAAACUGUUGAUUCCAAAUGGCCUUUAUCACCUCCUCUUUUCACUUCCACUUUUUCCCCCCUUCUCGUCAUCAAGGCAGAUGCCACAUGGGUCAUGAAUUGGGUCCUUUUUUGUUCCACCCACCCAGGAGGGAGUGGGACUAGGGAGUGAAGGCAGUGGAAUUGGGGGCUCUCUGGUGACCAGCCCCCAGGGAGGCUGAGAACCCCCCUCCCCAAUUAGGUGUUGUUCAUGCUUCUGCAGGGAUCAAAGCUCCUAUGCUGAACUUUUCUUGAACUUGUUGCUAUCAACUUAUUAUUGUUUAAUGUAAUAAAAUCUGUUACGUAUA